GUAUUUGUGCAAAGCAAUGAGAGAAAAGCGAGAGAAAUAUCGGAAAAUUCUGCUUGAUGGUGGAAAAUAGAGUAUUUAUGCAUUUAUUUUGAUAUGCAGUGAACUGAAAACGGUGUAAAAUGCAAUUCCAUAUCACAUUAUUCGCAAAUGCAAAAAGUGAUACAGAGUGAAUGUGUCUUUAAACCGAGUGUAGCUUCUUCUGGUGCACUGCAUCGGCACUAUUAACUGCAUUCAUUAUAACAACAGCAACGGUGCCUGUGGCGCUGACGAUAGUGAUAGUGUUUUUUUGAAAACAAGGCGGUGAUUUAGAAUUCAGAUUUUACUUGGUGCGGUUGUGUAAGAAAAAAUAGUGAAAUAAAGUAAAAAAAAAAUCAUAUCAAGAAAAACAAAUAAUUGAGAACAAUCGCAGUGUAGUAAGCAGAGUUAGCGGCAGAGAGCGGAGCAAUAAAGUGUGUAUCAUCAAAGCGGACUACGUGACCUGCAAACUGCAAACAUGAGAAAACGCACGUCUGACUAUUACAGCUCCGAUACGGAGCAAAUGGUGCCCACAGAGGAUAAUGGUAUUAAGACUAAUUUAAGUGAUGAAUAUCGAGAUAUAUUUAUAAUGCGUCCGUUGGUAAAGGACAACGCUGACGACAGCUUUAAGGAGGCAAUACGGUUGUAUGAUACUGGCAAUGAAGAGGUGCAACAAUUGUUGCUAAGGGAAUGUAGCCUGAUCUAUGAGUGUAGAAUGUGUCGCAAUAUGUUCCGUAGUCUGAAGCAGUUCAUCGGUCAUAAAAGAGAAUUCUGUCGCAGCGCUGUAUGCGGCAACGUUGACAAAACUGAAGGCGAUAAAUACAAUGGAUUCUCCAACGGCAAUGUAAAUGUGACCAAACAAAAUUGUAAUGACAAUAAAAAUGAUGGAGCGGUAUCUGUUUUGCCAACAACUGAUGAGGCUGUGAAACAGACCAGAACAUUAUGUGAAAGUAAUGAACUUAUAGAUGAAAAAAUACCUGGCAUUCACCAAAAGACAUUGAUGGAGCAAAAUGAUGAUGAAAAGAUUAAAAAUAUACUGGCAUGCCCACAGGAGAAUUGUAUGUUGAAUUUUUCCACAACCAAAGACCUUGAACUACACUUCUCACAAGAUCACACUAAAACAAUAGUAUUUCCAACAUUUUCCGAGCAAAAAACGGAACAAAAAACACAAAUCAUGCCUGAAAAUACAAUGCAAACUAGAGCAAAGCGCAUGAUGUCGAAUAAUAUUCACAGAUGUGAACAUUGCGGAAAGACUUUCGAACGUUUGGAACCGCUCUCUACGCAUUUAAUGCAUUGCCCAGUAAAGCAUAAUAUUUUGAGUCAAACACUUGCUGCAGGAUCAAUUGAGACGUCCGCAACAAAGCGCAUAAAACUGCAAGCCUCAACAGAAAGUUUACCAGAGAAAGAGCCCGCUACAGAGAUUUGCAAUGGCGUUGUUGUGGAUGAGCCGGAGAAGAAAGUAACAGCCCAAGCGCUGGUAACCGCUGAUACAAACUUGCAACCCAAUGCGAUUGUAAAGCAGGAAUAUGUUGCUCAGGAAAGCAGCACAUCAAACAAUACAAACAUUUUGAUAAAGAAAAGGAAAUUGAAGAAUCGCAGAGUUCUUGGACCCAAAAUGACGGCAGAUAGCUGUGCUGUUCAGAUAAAACAGGAAAUUUGCAGUGCAAAAAUCAAAACAGAAUAUAGCGCCGGUAGUGAUGGCAGCGAUGUGGAGCCGAAAAAAUUACUCUCCACUUGCACGUAUUGUGGCAAGUCCUUUGAGCGUCGCGCCGCUUUAUCAACACAUUUGCAACAUUGCCCAGUAAAGUAUAGCGUGCUGGAAAAAUCUACGAUCUAUGGUAUGACCACAAGCACGAAACGUUUGAAACUACAUUCAACUGCAGAAAAAUCUCCAAAAGAUACGCGUCAAGAAAAUGGCGCAUCAAGUAUUGCUGAAGAUCCAGAUACAGAGCUUUUGAAUGAGAUGUUUGCCAAUUUAGGUAGGCAGGACUUCGGUGUGGGCUUGCAGACAGUUACAAUUGAACAAGAUGACUCAACAGUUUCCGGUACUGACGAAGCCAAAGAAGAAGAUUUUGCCCAAAUGGACAAUUUCCAAUUGAGUACACCAACUGAAGAGUUCGCCGAAAACUUGCCAGCGAAUGAAAGCUCAACAAACGUUGAACUUUCUACCAGUGCGUCAGCAAUCGAGAGUUCGCCUGAUGCAAAUGAAGAAGAUACCGAUAAGAAGGCAACACGACGCGUGCGCCUAGCGCCAGUGGAGAAGCGCUUGCUGUGUCGCUGUAAGAUCUGCUAUAAGCAAUUUAAUGCUCUUAGUAACCUGCGUCGUCACAUAUCAAUGUUUCACUAUCGGGCACAACGUUUCGGUUGCACCCUUUGCGAAUAUCGUGCUUUCCGCCGUUACGAUAUCGUUAAUCAUUUAGGCAAUACACACGGCAUGCAGGGUGACCCUGAAGCGAUGUCAAUUGAAUUUGUCUCAGAACACGAGGUCAACUAUAGUCGCGAGGAUGUUGAGGGUGACAUAGUUGUGCUCGAUGAGAGCAAAACCAAUUUGAGCACGUUAAACGAAUUAAACGAAGAUAUUGAGAACAACAUUGAAACUAGGCAAAAUCUGAAGCGUCUAAAGCGCAAUAAAUCUACUACUCCAGUCUCAAGUGAACUUGCUGCCACAAUGGGUAAAGUAACAAGAACCAAAAUCAAACGGUCACAAUCGCAGCAGGAAACAUGCGUUGCCGGCAGUAGUGGUGGUGUAAAAACUCCAGCUAGACGGCCCAUACGUAAUCGUAUCAAGCCGGAGAAUAAAGACUUUGUAUAUGAUCUCUCCAGCCUGUUGAAGAAUGAAAGUGCAACAGAUGCGCCCGAUGAUACAACAACUCGUAAUCUAAGACGGCGCAAUAACAUGCAAGGGACAGCGACUGAAAUUGCUACGCAAUGCCUGGAGCCGUUGCUAGGACCUGUCAGCACAUGGGCUGCUAUACGUGGUGCGGCGCAACGUUUGGCUGCAGCUAUUGUGAGUAGCGGCGGUGCGACAUCUGCCACACAACCCGAAUUGCCUGCGGAAAGGCCACAAAUGCGUCAGCGUUUGAUCUCUGCGCAAAGGGCAGACAAUCACUCAGUGGCGGUAAUUGAGGCCAGCGACUUGGAAGCAGCCCGUUUACAGUCCACACUGCUAGAGGAUACAUUCCUAGAAAAAGUAACCAAAGCUUCGCCAACAAAUUUCAAAAUUAAACCAUCAUUAACGCUGCACACGAGCACGCUAAAUUGGCUAUUGGAAAAAGUGGAUUCAUCACUGCAUCAACACGCCAACGGCAAGGCGCCCUCGCCGAACGCGUCACUGAAGUGUAGCGAUGAGAAUGAUAUCAAUAAGUUACAGGUAUCGCCGCCACCAUCUAUACCCCGCACAAAUGCUCCACCGCCCACGCCACGCAAACGCCUCUCAAUGCUUGAUCGCCUGCGUGAUGAUACUUUCAAAUAUCGCGACAGUCUACUACGCUCUGCAUUGGAGAACUAAAAGCGGAAAGUUUGUAAUUAUUUUUUAUAAUUAUAUUUAUUAGUCUACUUUAGAUUGUGUGUAAUCAAAUUGAAUAUUUAGUAGUACCUAUCAACAUACAUACAUAUAUAUAUAUAUAUAUAUAUUACCACCUACCUAACUACCUACCUACCUACCAACUACAUACCCCAUAUACUUAUAUGUAUUAUAUACAUUCAUUGGUAUAUAUUUACCAACCUAAUAACCUACUAAUUUAUUUGUGUAGGACUGUUUCAUAAAUUCCAAGAAAACCUUGUAUGCACAUUGUCACAGACUUAAAUACAUACAUAUAUACAUAUAUGAAAAGAAAUGUACAUACAUAUGUAGAUUACCGUCGUACAUACAAAGCCUACAUUAGUAUUAGCGUGAUGUAAAAUGUACAAUCCAUGUACCUUGUACACUCAAACGAAAUCAUUGUUCAUUAUUUCGUGUGAGAAGAAGCCUUACAAAAUAAAUAAAAAUCAUAGAAGAAA